GCUGUCAGAAGCAUACUGGUGUCGGUUAGAUGAGAGGACCGCACACAAACCUGAAGCAGACUUGAGAAGAACGCGGAAACAAUGAAGUCCUUCAUUGGGAGUUUGGUAUAUUGCUUCUCUCUUUUGCUGGUGGAUCUCUGUGAAUCCUAUGACCUUAACAAUCCAUCCUACAUUUUGGCCCAAAGUUAUGCACAAAGAAGAAAUCAUGCGCUUCCACACCGGACAUUGAACCCAGCAGUGUACAGGACUAAGUACUGGUUAGAUGGACCUGAUCGCCCUCACAAACAGAGGAGGAGGAUUUUGCCCCAUCUUAUCCCAGUAGGUUAUCCAGGACCCACAGCUCCUUCUCAGCUCACAGUUUAUGACUGGCUCAAAGACAUACCAACCACAAAAGUUUAUAGUACAAAUAAAGACCAAUCCCCACCUGUGGCAAUCAAGCAGCUGAAAGGUGAAUGGGCGCCAAUAGUUUGUCGAAAAGUUCAAUAUCCAGAACAAACAGUUGUAGUUACAGGAGAAUCAGGGGAAAAGACAGGUGUUUCAGUGGUGGUUCCACAACAACAGUAUUCAGGUCCAGAGAAAUCAGUGGUUCAGUCAACAAAUAACCAACCGACCUUUUCGGCAAUUGCUCCUGAGACAGGUUUUCAGCCAUCAAAGACACAUUCCUUGACUUUGGCAGGCAAACAAUCUUUGAAUCUCUCCCUGCCUCGGGAAUCCAUGCCACAAUCCUUGUCAAAAUUGGCACAAGAACCUUAUUCACAAGGCACCUCACCCCAAUACCUUCCAACCACUACCAUGACACCAGAGGCAUAUCCUCAAAGUACCUUCUUCGAAUCCCUGCCGACAUCCACCCUUACACCAGAGACAUACUCCCAGAGCACCUUAUCCCAACCCAUGCCAAAGUUCACCUAUACUGAAAGGCCAAAUCCUCAAAGAAUCCCACCCCAAUCAGUCACACUAGAGCCGGAUGCCCAAGGCGCCUUCCCCGAAUCCCUGCCAACAUCCACACUGACAUCAGAGACCAAUCCCCGAAGCGCUUCACCCGAGUCUGUGCCAAUGUCCACUCAUAGAUCAGGGCCAUAUUAUCAAAAUAUCCCAUCCCAAUCUCUGUCAACAUCCAAUCUGACACAAGAGGCACAUCUUCAGACCGUCCCACCACAGUUCUCACCAAUGUCCAAUGAGCCACAAGAAUCACUACCAGAGGCACCAGGCAGGAUUAUUACCCACGGCAGGAUAGCCAUCACAGGGUCGACAGCAACAGAUUCACAGUGUAGGAGCCGCCCGUUGGACCUGGUCUUCAUCAUUGACAGCUCACGUAGCGUGCGUCCAGGUGAGUUCGAGAAGGUCAAGAUCUUCCUGGCUGACAUGGUGGACACUCUUGAUGUUGGGCCCGAUGCCACACGUGUCGCAGUGGUGAACUACGCCAGCACUGUCAAAAUUGAGUUCCUGCUGAAAAACCAUCUUACGAAGGACACUAUAAAGCAAGCCAUCAACCGCAUUGAACCCUUGGCAGCAGGAACCAUGACUGGUAUGGCCAUCAAGAAAGCCAUGGAUGAAGCCUUUACUGAAAAGUCAGGUGCGCGGCCUAAAUCGAAGAACAUUUCAAAGGUUGCCAUCAUUGUCACCGACGGACGUCCUCAAGACCAAGUCGAGGAGGUUUCGGCUGCAGCACGGGCAUCAGGGAUUGAGAUUUACGCCGUUGGAGUGGACAGGGCUGACAUGGGGUCACUGAAGCUCAUGGCCAGCAAUCCACUUGAGGACCAUGUGUUCUACGUGGAGACCUACGGUGUUAUUGAGAAGCUCACCUCGAAGUUUCGGGAGACGUUGUGCGGUAUGGACGCCUGUGCCAUGGGACAUCACUGUGAGCACAUAUGUGUCAGCAGUGGCUCCUCCUUUUACUGCAAGUGUCGGAAGGGCUAUAUUUUGAACGAAGACCAGAAAACAUGUUCCCUAAAACAGGUGAAGGUGGAGAUUGUUCAGGACCCUUGCAUGUGUGAGGCCCGACUGGCUUUCCAGAGGCAGACACAAACCUCCCUACAGGACCUCAACGCCAAAAUUGCUGCUGUCACAAGAAAGGUCGAGCAAAUGGAAAACAUGCUGGGACGCAUGUAACGGAGCAACUAUUGGGUCCGCACGUGAUCAUCAGCAAAGCUUCAUCACAGGCCACAGUGAUCUCAUGAACCUCUUUAUGGCUUCAAAACACCUGGAACACAGUUUCACAUGUUCACAGAUCACUGAAAAGUCCCAGAAAUGAUUAUUAAUUGUGUUCGAAUAUAAAUGAAUAUUAAAUAAUGCAAGAUGUAUUGAUUGUGUAGGAUGUGAAAUUAUGUGCUUUUGCUCUCCAGAAAUGGAUAGUAGAAAUCUUUUCAUUUAAAUAGACUAAAUUAUGCAAUCUAUUGUAAUCUGUUUUGCUUUUUAUCC